GAUGUGCAGGCUUUCUCCUCGCAGGGGGGCGGCCGGUGUUGUGCCGGUGGGGGUGCACGGAAGUUGCGCGAAGAAGCGGACUGCUGUCUUCAAGUGUUGACUGUAAAGUUGAGAAAAACAAGGGUGUUAUCGUGCACCAUGUCAGCCAUACGGAGGAAAUUCGGCGAGGACUACCAGGUGGUGAACACCGACCGGGGCGCGACUUUCUGCGCGCCGGCCAAAAGGAAGCGGCAGCGCUUCGUGGAGAAGAACGGCCGCUGCAACGUGCAACACGGCAACCUGGGCGGCGAGACCAGCCGCUACAUCUCCGACCUCUUCACCACGCUGGUGGACCUGAAGUGGCGCUGGAACCUGCUCAUCUUCAUCCUCACCUACACGGUGGCGUGGCUGGUCAUGGCCUCCAUGUGGUGGCUCAUCGCUUACAUCCGCGGCGACCUGAGCCGCGGCGGCCACGACGCGUCCUACACGCCCUGCGUGGCCAACGUCUACAACUUUCCCUCCGCUUUCCUCUUCUUCAUCGAGACGGAGGCCACCAUCGGGUACGGCUACCGCUACAUCACGGAGAAGUGUCCCGAGGGCAUCCUCCUCUUCCUCUUCCAGUCGCUGCUGGGCUCCAUCGUGGACGCCUUCCUCAUCGGCUGCAUGUUCAUCAAGAUGUCGCAGCCCAAGAAGCGCGCCGAGACGCUCAUGUUCAGCCAGGACGCCGUCGUCUCGCAGCGGGACGGCAAGCUGUGCCUCAUGUUCCGGGUGGGCAACCUGAGGAACAGCCACAUGGUGUCGGCGCAGAUCCGCUGCAAAGUCAUCAAGUCGCGGCAGACCCCGGAAGGCGAGUUCCUGCCUCUGGACCAGUGCGAGCUGGACGUGGGCUUCGGCACCGGGGCGGACCAACUCUUCCUGGUGUCGCCGCUCACCAUCUGCCACGAGAUCAACAGCAGGAGUCCCUUCUUCGACCUGUCGCAACGUUCGCUUGUGAACGAGCAGUUCGAGAUCGUGGUCAUCCUUGAAGGCAUCGUGGAGACCACAGGUAUGACAUGUCAGGCCCGGACGUCGUACACGGAAGACGAAGUCCUGUGGGGACAUCGUUUCCUUCCCGUCAUGUCGCUGGAGGAGGGCUUCUUCAGGGUGGACUACUCUCAGUUUCACAACACCUUUGAGGUGCCAACGCCUCCGUACAGCGUCAAAGAGCAGGAGGAGAAGUCAUCGCUGACAGCAUCCAACCAUCUCCCCGUGGCCCCCGCGCCGUCCUCCCCGCCGGCGGGUAACUGCGGACGAGGAAGCCGUCGGGGGAGGCUCCUUUCGGCGGACCACGCCGAUCACAUGGAGGACCAGGCCGCCAAGCUGCCCAGCAAACUGCAACGCAUGAGCUCCACCAGGGAGGAGCAACUGUGGCGGGGGGUAAAAUCAGGGGCGGCCUUGCCCGGCGGGAAGGCCUCCAGCACGGGCGACCUGCCGCUCAGCAUCCAGAGGCUGAGGUCCGGCUCCAUCCCUGCCGCUCGCCAGGGAGGACGCCAGGAGGAGCAGGUCCAGCUCCUGUCCUUGGAUGGCGACGCUGAGGAGGCAGACGUGGACAAGCACAGACCGCCGUCGGCCAUCAGCACCAUCACCACCUCGAACCCGAGUUCCUUUGCCGGGGGGCGGCUGGAAGACAACUUGCCUGCCAAACUGCGCAGGAUGAACGCCGACCGCUAACGAGAAGGACCAAACCUGAGACUUUAUGGGCAUUCUGAAACAAUGAAAUACUGUGAUAUCAGAACAUUUAGCUGCAGGUUUGAUUUGCUUUUAGAAAGUCAAGAAGCAUACUGCGAGUGUUUUUUGAUCUGUCCUUCAACUUUUUCAUUUCCAUUCACACACUUUCUUACGAGAUGGAAUAGACUGUCAGUAAACAAAGCACCAAAGUGA